GGAUGACACCUAGUGGGUCGCUCCGGAACUGCGACCCACUCCUGUAACACAUGGGCAUCCAGUGCCAUCCUCUUCAUGUUUGUGUAUCACCAACCAAUUGUUCAGUACUUUGCCAUCAGUGUUAAAAUGAAAGAGCGUAGCUACUUUUCCAUCGCUAAGAAGGAAAUGAAUGCCCUAAUAUGGAUUGGCAUUUUUUUAUUUAUUUUUUCGUAUCUCUAUCAAUGUGACAGCAUUGUUAAUAUGCCUCUAAUUACUAUGUUGUGGUAAUGUUGUGACAAUGUUGUGCCAAUGUAGUUUGUUAUUGGGUGCAAUGUGUCAGAUAAGGCUAAAGACAUUGGCACAACAUUCUCACAACAUAGUAAUAGAGGCAUAUUAACAAUGCUGUCACAUGUUAAAUUGUCAUCCGGUUCAAAGGAUAUGCUUGAUACCCAAAUAAGAUUGACAUAGACAUCUCAAUAAUUCUGUAUACAGUUCUUUAGACUUAUCCAGAAUAGAAUGACAGAUUAUUGGAAACACAAUCCCAUUUUCAUGCUACUUUGCCUUGCUGUCUCCGAGUGGAUAUGGUCUCUGCUUAGAGCAGGGUGAUUUCAUUCAUCCAUCCUCAUUCAUUUGAUUAAUCUCUUCAAUUAUAGGUAUUUAUUUCAUGCUUGCCAAACAAGUAUCCGACAGCAGUAAAGGCAGAACUCUUUCCCCCCUGCUAUGUGGGACAGAAAAAGUAGGUCUAAACCAAUCACUUGAAAGACUUAAAGGUGCAAUAUGCAGAAAUUGCUCCACCAUUUCCUGGUAGCUAAAAUUAUAUUAUUGUGCCUAAUUUCAGUUUAUGUGAGAAAACAAGCAGUCAUUGUGUAGAGAUUCAUAGUACCAUCUAAACCGCUCUGAAAUAUAUUGACCAUAACCAAAAACAUUGUAUUUUCAACUGUUUGAAGCUGGUGUACAAAACCGAAAGUAAAUUCAAAAACGAAACGUAAGAAGGGGAAGUAUGGAAAUAGCGCACAUAGAACAGAUCUACCGCUUCUUAGACUUGCUUUCAAUUAGAAUUUUGGUGAGAUUUUCUUCUCAUAGCUAAAGUAAAGCGAGGAAGAGAAGAGACAAUUGGAGCGUAUCACUUGGCCAUCUGUAGAAAUGUCAGACUGGAUCAAAUCUCGCAUAUUAUUAUGUCUUGCCUGACAGAUGGCCAUAUCCAGAGAGACUAUAACUCCAUUUUAUAUCUUUGCACAUUCUGUAGGCCAUCAAUCAAUAUAACUGGGCUUUCUGAACAGGGAGGCAACUGAGGUCAGUUUGUCAGAAACUGGUCAGAAACGCUCAGGGGAAGUAGCCUACAGCAGUAGUGCUGAAAAAGUAACACUCAACCCAGUACUUCUUCUGUCCCAGAUAAAACCCUUAAAAAUAGUUUCAUUCCAUGUCAACAAUGAAUACAUGUAAUAUAUUUGAGCUAAAAAUAGACGUGAAAAUAUGUUUUGGCCAGAUUUGAACUGUUUUCCAAAGCGUUUCAGGGGACAUCCUGCUCGUGCUGUUUUGUUCGACCCCUUUGUUCGUGUGUGUUAUGAUCCAGGUGUGAUACAGCUCAGGCAGAUGUCUUUACCUUUCCAUAUGCAGUUUCCAUGUUGUCGUCACGGUGACAACAGAUAGGCAGUCAUCGCCGGGCCACCUUCCACAAACAACACUAUCAACACAAUAGUGGCAGAUGGAGUGAGCCUUCCUACAGACCGAGGAUGACCUAGAAGCCACCACUGCUGAGCCCAACAGAGCAGGAUAUCAUUCUUGUGUGUGUAAGCAACAAGGUGUGUGACAGAAAACAGGGCUCCACCAGCACCCGGGUCAGCCUGUCAAACAUGGAGGGCCACGUCACACUGCUGCCCCCCCUGCUGCUGCUGCUCCUCUGUAGCCUGUCAGGGGUGUGGGGGUUCCCCUUCGGCCCCGUCCUUGACAUGGACGUCACCCCCAGGACCACAGUGUUCUCCCAAGGCCUGUUGGGUUGCCAGCGUUUCAGCAGUCCAUCUCAGAACUACAGCACACUUCUACUGGAGGAGGACAAUGGGGUGCUGUACGUGGGGGCCAGGGGGGCUCUCUAUGCCCUGGACACCACCAACAUCUCCACGCCUGGCAACCUCACGAUUGACUGGGAAGCUUCGGCCGAGCAGAAGAAGCAGUGUCUCAACAAAGGAAAAAACAAUCAGACAGAGUGUUACAAUCACAUCCGCUUCCUACAGAGGUACAAUGAGACUCACCUGUACGUCUGUGGCACACACGCCUUCAGGCCCCUCUGUGCUUACAUAGAUGUGGAGCGCUUCAGUUUCUCCUCUGGCUUCGAGGAGGGCAGGGACCGGUGUCCCUACGACCCAGCCAAGGGCUACACCGGCCUCCUUGUUGAUGGUGAGAUGUUCUCAGCCUCCCAGUAUGAGUUCCGCAGCUCUCCGGACGUUCGUCGGAACUUCCCCUUCCCCACUCUGAGGACAGAGGAGGCCCCGACCAGGUGGCUGCUGGAGGCGGACUUUGUGGGCUCAGUGCUGCUGAAGGAGAGUGUCAACAGCUUGGUGGGUGAUGACGACAAGAUCUAUUUCUUCUUCACCGAGAGGAGCCAGGAGCAGAUGGCCUACCCCAGCCAGACCAGGGUGGCACGGGUGGCCCGCGUCUGCAAGGGUGACUGGGGCGGCCAGAGGACCUUGCAGAGGAAGUGGACAUCCUUCCUGAAGGCUAGACUGGUGUGCUCCGUUCCUGACUAUGAGCUCCACCUGAACGUGCUGCGUAGCGUCUUCGUCCUGGAGGGCCCAGACGUACACAGCACCGUCUUCUACGGGAUCUUUGGCCUGGAAUGGAAAAAUAUCAAGGUGUCUGCGGUGUGCCAGUACUCCUUCACAGAUAUUCAGAGGGCCUUCGAGGGGCCUUACAUGGAGGUGCAGGAUUCCAAAUGGAGGGAAUAUAGAGGGAAGGUUCCAGUACCAAGACCUGGCUCGUGUAUCACAAACAUACACCGGUCCCAGGGCAUCAACUCGUCCCGUGACCUCCCAGACAAGGUUUUGACCUUUGCGAGGCGCCACCCCCUGAUGUCCACACAGGUCCACCCCAUAGGAGGGCGCCCCCUAAUUUUCAAGAGAAGUGUCAAUUACGUCAAGAUGGCCGUGCACCGGGUGGCAGCCCUGGACGGACACGUCUACACCGUGCUCUUCUUGGGAACUGAUGAGGGCUGGCUGCACAGGGCUGUGGAGGUCGGAGGUCAAAUGCACAUCAUAGAGGAGCUGCAGCUGUUUGAGGACCCUCAGCCUGUAGACAGCGUGGUCAUCUCCCAGGCACAGGGAAGUGUCUAUGUGGGCUCCAACUCUGCAGUGCUCCAGGUCCCCUUGUCCUCCUGCCAGCGCUACACGUCCUGUUUCGACUGUGUGUUUGCCCGGGACCCCUUCUGUGGCUGGGACGGGGUGCUGUGUGUGGAAAUUUCCUCAUGCACAAACAGCUCCAAUCUCACCCAGGAUAUACAGAAAGGGAACAGAGGCUGUGACAACAGCACAGGAGCUGUAGUCCACCGCAGGCGUACGGUGAUGUCUGGGGACGACGUCCUCCUCCAGUGCGAGCUGCACUCCAACUUGGCCACGCCGCACUGGACACUGGAUGGCCAUGAGCUCCAGGGCUAUGACCUCGACUCAGGCCACCGCGUGGGCACCGACGGUCUGCUCCUCAUAGGCGCCCGGGCCGACCAGAGUGGAGACUACCGCUGCUACGCCGUGGAGAAUGACAUGUGGGUGCCAGUGAGGCUGUACACGGUGAGGGUGCACCCUGACUUGCCCUUCCCUGUGGGGCCAACAGUCAUGACGAACACUUUAUCAACCACCGCCACUACCGCCCCACCAAGCCCUUCUCUUCCCCCCAGCGGUCCCACCGAGCAGCCCCUGCCCUCCCCGCCUGCUCCCCUCCCCUCUGGACCCGAGUUCCAGACCUACAGGCACAUGGAGGCCAUGUAUAUCUCCCUGGUGGCUGUACUGGGUGGGCUGUGCCUGGUGUUGACCAUAGUGCUGCUCUACGUCAGCUUCUGCACCCGAGGGCCCAACCAGGGCCGCAAGUACUCCCAGGAGGGGCUGCCCGAGUCGGGGGCCGCAGCCGAGAGAAAGAGGAGCUCCCACUCCCAUCUGGAGCUCAAGACCAUGUCCAUCCACUGCAAUGGCAGGCAGGACAGCAAGCGCGGACACCGCUCCCUGUCGGUAUCCAACGUGGACGACAUGGGCGACGGCUUCCUUCAGAUUGUGCCCGGGGGAGGGUCUCCGGGGAAGUUGCUGCCCCCUCCUGCCCCGCCUCUCCCAAUGCCGCCACCCCUGCCCUCCGCGGAGUACGCAUCGUCAGAGUACGCCAACGGGAUGUCAGCGACGUUACCCAGUGUCCUUCGCAAGAUGAACGGCAACAACUACGUGCUGCUGAGGCAGACGGCAGACCCCGAGGGGAGCACGUCUCCCCUCUACCACUCGUUCACCGAAGAGCUCAACCGCAUCCUAGAGAAGAGGAAGCACACACAAAUGGACCCCCAGCUGCCAGACGAGAGCUCCGUCUAGCCCCCCACCUCACUUUCCCAUUGAUCUGUUUAUUGGUUUAACCCAACAACCCCAGUGCGCCCCCAAGAGGCAGGGAGGUCUAACUUUUGUAAUAUACUGCUGCUGUUUACCCAGUGUCAAAGCAACCUGUGAGAGUAUCCAUACCUAAAACCCAAUGUGCAGCUUCCUGUGACUCGAGACAAGUGGCCCACGUAAUUUCACUACUGAACAUUGGAGUAAAGAGGACUUUCUGACUUUUACCAAACUGGAGCAGUCAUUGAUAUAGUCAUGGUAACCAUUUUGGACACACAUUGUACUAUUACAUGGACCCUUUGAUGGACUUUCAAGGACUUAAGGUCACAUACAUGAUACAUACACAAGUUAGUUACAAUCCUACCUCAGAUCCUUACCCUUUUGGGGAAGUAGGGUCAGUGCUGGUCUGGUCAGCUGACACACAGCGAGCACUGUGGUGCAUUGUGGGACACGGGACAAUGAGAGCCCAGGUCAUAUGACUAAUGACCAUGAAGUGAGAUGGUGAUGGAUGUAAGAGUGUGAGGAACUAUCAAAGCCUGUAUGAACAUUAUAGACCAUCGUCAAAACUAUUGAAUUCAGAGAACAAUGGAUACUGUAGUUUAGUGCCAUACACGUCUAUGAUGGCUCUUAAAGACCCAGGACUACAGAACCUCAUAAGAGAGCAAAUAUGGUUGGACAAAUAAUACAUUUCAGUCAUAAUUUAAUACCACACACUUAUCUUCGUUUUCUUUUGUUCUUAUGUAAAUAGCAAUAAUAUCGCUGUGGCAGCCAUCAGUAGCAACCUGUUGAAAUAAUGCCCGUUGAAAUGGUUGCGGCGAAACCAAAUUGAAAUGGAACUUUUUAGCAUCUUUGUGUUGUUAGCGUCUGACUGUGUCAAAGGGGUAAAAAAAUCAGCAUGGAUAGACGGCAGGUUUCAUCUAAGCUUGGCCAGGAUGAAGACUAUCAUUAAAGAAUGACGACAUCAUUACGAAGAAUGAAGACAUCAAGACACUAGUCAUCAUUAAUGACUAAUCUCUGGUCAGAUUGAUCAGAGAAACUGAGUGAUGAUGAUGAUGAUAGAUCUGAUUGUCAAAGAUGUGUGAGCCCAACAGGAGACCAGAAGGCAAAGAUAUGCAAGGAGCCAGAUCACGUUGAUCUCAGAAGAGAUGGAGAAGCUGGAUGGAAGAAGGAGUGUGUGAGGAACCCUGAUGAUCUGAGCCAGUGACUGCUCAGAAGGACAAUCAGCAUGUGCAAUCUCCAAGGGCAGGGAACUAGGAUACGGUUAUGGAUAUUGUAGUGUACUUACUACUUAUGGUCAAAUGGCAAACAUGCUGGCUGCUACACUCAAAUACGCACCUCCAGUAUAUACUGUAUGCCACCAUAAACAUUGUGGAACACUCAUUUCAACAAACAUACUCGCUCACGUCAUACUGUACAGACAUGACAACAUCCAAAUGGAGGUUUAGACAUUAAAGGCCCUGUGCAGCCAUUUUUAUCUCAAUAUCAAAUCAUUUCUAGGUAACAAUGAAGUACCUUACUGUGAUUGUUUUCAGUC